AUCUAGGUAUAUAAAAACAUUAGAAUCUACACACAAUCUGAUCCAGCGAUGCAAUAAUUACUGGGAGAGAAGCAAAAGCACCUUAAAAAAGGCCAUUGGAGAUCUCUGAUUUCUCUGCACCUGCUUGCCAGAAAGGGUUUCUCCAUCAGUCACCCAAAAAAAUUUAGAGUUUGGGAUUUGCAAAAGAAAAAGCUACAAUAUUAAUUAUUACUCUCUUUCAAUUCCCUUCCCUUCCCUUGCUCUCUUUCUCUUCCUCCUUCCUUUCCUUUUCUCUUUCUUCCCUCUCUCUGUGUGUUUGUGUUUCCUCUCUCUCUCUCUCUCUCUUUCUCUCUCUCAUACAUAUAUAACACAGAAAAAAGCUAGAGAGAGAAGAUGAGCAGCAGUUAUUUUGGAGAGCCAAACAUGGGAAACGAAAGAGGAAGUGGUGGGUCUUCUUCUUCAUCAUCAAGAAAAGGAAAGAAGAAUAAUUCAGACAAGCCUAAGCAGCCUCAGAGAGGUCUUGGUGUUGCCCAAUUGGAGAAGAUCAGAUUAACUGGUCAGAUGUGUCAUCCUUCUCUUCAAACUCCCUAUUCAUCCAAUUUCAGUAAUGAUGAUGCAAGAGUGCAGACAGCUUAUUCAUCAAUACCAUCAUCAUCAUCUUUUUCUUAUUCAUCAUCAUCCCCUUCUUCCUCGGCCUCUUAUGGUUUCAAUGCCAACAUUAUGAUGGGGCUAGGUGAAUAUGAAAGAGCAAACAUCAGAUAUGGUGAUUCCCAGCCUACUUCAACAGCAAGAUGGGACCCUAGCAAUGCAUACACUGAGGCCCAACAAUAUGUGCAACAACCCAACAUGACCAGACACCUUCUUAAUCUACAUGUAGAGGAUUCUCAGCACAUGAAAGGAAAAAAACAUAGAAGUAAUUCAAUGGGUUCAAGCAGUCAGAAUUCUGAAACUAGUGACACUCAAGAACUAGAUUUGGAGCUGAGAUUGUCCCUUUAAAUAAGCAAUGUUGCCAAAUUGCAUGGGUUGUAAUCAAACUUAUGCUUUUUUUUUUUUUUUUUUUUUUUUUUUUCUGUUAUCUUGAAAUCCCAAAAUGGAUGAAUGUGAAAGUUGAAGAAGACCAAUGAACUGUAUAAAAAGUGUCAUUUGGAUUGAUGGAAUAGUGUAAUAUUGACAGGUAGAUUUACUUUCUGCCUUCAACUUGCAUUUCCUUUUCAUCAUUUCUGGAAAAGAAAUGAGAAAAUUAAUUUUUCUCUCUCUUUUUCUCCAAUUUCUUAUAAUUCUGAUUGGUAUUAACUAGUGUAGCUGAAGGGAAUUAAGCAUAUCUCUAAUUAACUGUAUUAGAGAAUAAUUUGUAUGUAGAACAAAA